CAACUGACGGUUCUCGGCAGUACUUUCCUCACGCUCUGAGGAAAGUGCAGCUGAGAACCGGCAAUUGCAUUUCCCGGUGAUCAGCGUGUCAUUGGACACGGCUGAUCACGUGAGCGGGGAUCGGCACCGAUCAUCGGGGCACUGAUGAUCAGUGCCCUGAUGAUCGGUGCCCAGCAGUGCCACCCACCAGUUCUGCCCACCUGUGCCCAGCAGUGCACCCACCUGUGCCCAGCAGUGCCACCCAGCAGUGCCACCUACCUGUGCCCAGCAGUGCCAUCUACCUGUGCCCAGCAG